UGUUUACAUGUACCUUGUCUUUUGCAUAGUUUAAACUUGAAUCGACUGGUCACGCUUCACUUUGACUCCAAAGCAAUCUCCAUUUACUGUCACACUGGAGAUUUUGGGUGUGGAGAUGGAGCAUGGACGCCAGUCAUGAAGAUUGACGGCAGCAAGGUAUGGUUUUAAUCCAUCUUGUGCGUAACGAAACUAACGUUCGAUCAGUCAAAACGUGAGCCAGAAAAACCAGAUAAGAUAGAGCUAAUCAAGAAUUGCAUGCUCAUUUUUGUGUCAAACAAGCACGCUGUCCACCGCAAGAAUAAAAUAUCCAGAAUUGUAGCAACUGUAGCUAUUUAAAUGGAACACAGCUAAACGAGUCACGACAACAAAUGAAAUUACCCUAUUAACGUUAGUUAUGGCCUCUGCAAAGUUUUCUUAGUUGUUAAUUUUUUGAAAGACAAGAUUAACGUGGGUUAGGAUCCCUAUCAAUUCUCUUUUUUGACAAUUUGAACUCAAACAUUCGAGACACCUCAAACAAAAAAAUCGUGGCGAAAGUGGCUUAAAAAUAAAGGAUAUUUCAAAAGCAGCUCCAGCUUGACAAUGCACGCCCUUCAUGAAACAUGUAGAACCUUUAAGUCCUAAAAUGGAAAGCAGCUCUUUAUGUUUUCCCUCUCUUGUAGUGCUGUGAUUCUAAGAUUGGUUUAUUUGUGAGAAUUUAAUCAAUGCAUUCCGGACGAGGUCUGAGCGGGUGUGCUUGACUAACGGUUGAUUGGAGAUGUCCUCGCCAUCUCCAAAAGUAUUCCCAUUAGUUACCAAAUUUAUUCAAAAUGAUUUUAAAAUCAUUUUAGAGCACCUUUCACUACAGUUCAAGCUACUGGACGGAUAAAAUUGAAUACAGCGUCUUGGGAGGAGCAACUAGACUUGAUUCACUAGAGACCAAGCUACCGACCUACUGGAACACACCCUUUUCAAAGAUCUGUCUUGAUAUGAAGAUUGGGCAACAGCUGAACUUUAUCGUCAUCGAGAGGCAGGCUGACUCUCUGUACUCACUGAUCGCUGACGGGCAAUAUCGCAACACAUCACUGGGUCGUGAGAAGUGGAAAUUGCUAAUUGGUUCACAAGCCUCCUUACAGUACCAUUGUGAUAAGAAAGGGUUCAACGCUGUUUGUAGCUGGAGUGAAACGUCCAAAGCUAGAAUUGGUAUCUUGAGUAACAAUGAAGAUCUUUGCUCCAGUUGUGAUUCCAGAAUCGGCUUUGGGACGGGAGGGACUCCAGAUGAUUCGAACACAUGCGGAAACUCCGCAGUGUACCUACCAGAUAACGGUAAUAAACUCAUCAAGGCCAUGGGAUAUAUCUUGGUUCAGUGA